UCUCUUUGCAUUUGCAGGAGCUGAAGUAAAGACUCUAAAACCCUAACUAGGAUUUCUCUAAUGGCAUCAGCCUACCAAUUACCCCUCUCAUUUCUUCCAAAUUCGUUUACCAAGCCAACAAAUUUCCACAAAAACCCUAGAAAAUUGAGAAGCACAGAGUCAUUUAAAUUAGCAGCCAUUAACGGAGAUACUGGAGCUACAGAAACCCUAAAACCCAAGUCCAAGGGAAGAAAGAAAGGAACUGAAACAUCUUCAGUUUCUAAAACAAAGCGGUCCAAAAAACCAGAGACUGUAACUGAUGUAAUUGAAGAAGAUGAAGUGGAAGAUUAUGAUGAUGGGAUUGAUUUUCCGUAUGAGCAACCACCGUUAAUCUGUUGUUUUGGAGCUGCUCAGAAAGAGUUUGUACCAUCAGUUCGGAAAUCAGAGAUACAAAUGCAUCCUGAUAUCUACUCAACAUGGAAAAACCUUCAAUGGGAUCCGCCAGAGUUUGUUAGAGCUCCAGGAGGACCACCAAGUAAUGUUGCAAUUGCUCAUGUUAGAUUAGGUGGUAGAGCUGCAUUCAUGGGGAAAGUUGGAGAUGAUGAUUUUGGUCAGGAAUUGGUUUUGACUAUGAAUAAAGAGAAUGUUCAAACUCGAGGGGUUAAAUUUGAUUCCAAGGGGGCUAGAACUGGUGCUGCUUAUAUGAAAAUUAAGUUUGAAGAUGGGAAGAUGAAAGCGGAGACUAUUAGAGAGUCGGCUGAAGAUUCCUUACUGAGUACUGAGCUCAACAUUUCUGUGCUAAAAGAGGCUAGAAUUUUCCAUUUCGUUUCAGAAGUUAUAACGUCUCCGAAAAUGGAGUCUGCCCUUUACAGAGCUAUUGCAUUGUCAAGAAAAUAUGGGGGGCUUGUAUUCUUUGAUUUGAAUUUGCCUUUACCCCUGUGGACAUCUCGGGAUGAGACGAGGCUGGCGAUUAAGAAAGCCUGGGACCACGCAGACAUUAUUGAGGUUACAAAGCAGGAGUUAGAGUUCCUUCUUGACGAAGAUCAUUACGAGAGGAGAAGAAAGUAUAAGCCACAGUACUUCUCGCAGACUUUUGAGCAAACAAAAAACCGGCGUGAUUAUUAUCAUUAUACCAGGGAUGAAAUUUCUCCGUUGUGGCAUGAUGGGAUUAAAUUUUUGUUCGUGACUGAUGGAACACUUAGAAUUCACUAUUAUACCCCGUCUUUUGAUGGGGUUGUAGUUGGGACUGAAGAUGUUCUUAUAACACCAUUCACUUGUGAUAGAACUGGUUCCGGUGAUGCCGUCGUGGCUGGCAUAAUGCGAAAGUUGACAACAACCCCAGAGAUGUUUGAAAAUCAAGACGUGUUGGAGCGACAACUUCGCUUUGCUAUUGCAGCCGGGAUCAUUGCUCAGUGGACGAUUGGUGCUGUGAGAGGUUUUCCUUCAGAGAGUGCUACACAGAAUUUGAAGGAACAGGUCUAUGUGCCUUCAAUGUGGUGAAACUUCGAGUGCUACGAUUUGAAGUUGCUGUUGCUGUUGUCGAAGGACAAAGUUUAACUUACUUCGUAGGGAGAUCUCGGACAUCCAUUUUGGGACUGGUGGUGUAUUUCUGAACCGUUUUCGUUUAGAUGGAUGGUUAAGCCAGAUAGUUAAGAAAGUCAAAGUAGAAGCAUGCAGUUAAUGUAGUCUUCUGAUUAACUAUCAUAGAUUUGUUGCUAAGUUAGCAAUCUCCGAGGAUUGGAAAGCUUUAUUCUAGCAAAAACAGUGGAGUAGAAGGGUUGAAAAGCCUGAGAAUGUUAUAUUUCAUGUUGCUGUUGUAGUCUAGUUAAGGCAUCUGAGUAUAUGUUUUUUUAUUUGGGAAACUAACCUGUGACCAUGUCAUGCCAAUGUAGGAAAACUGUAUCCCUUGUGUUUGUGAGUGCCCAAAUUUUGUUGGUCUAAUAUCUGUUGAGGGGUGAAUAUGAUUUAGAGAAAGAGAGAGAAAGACUUCCUUUUCCAUUGUACCAUGUGCCUUUUUCUACAUGCUUUCCUAAGAGCAAGUCUUAUGAUGGAAUUCAAGCAAUUUCAAGGGU